UAAGAUGUAAUCUCAGCUCUUCUCGUUUGAUUUGACUAGAUGUUGCAUAGUGAUUUUCAGUAUGUUGAUUACCUUUUGUUGGUGUAUUACAUGCACUUGUUUGUAGUUUAGUUUAAAGUAUUUUCCUUUAUAAUAUUGUUACUUUCAUCUACCUUGUUUAGUUUAAUUUUUAGACUUCAACUUCAUCUUCAUUUUUCACCAUGUUGGUUGAAAAAAUUAUUUUCACAGUUCUCUCCUUCUUCUAUGGGUUUGUGGUUUCCCUUAUUCUUAUCGGCUUUCAUCUCUACACUAGAUUCAAACACAUUCGUAAUCCAGACCAUUCUAAAAGGCCUGCCAUACUCGAUGACCCAAAAUACGGAAAACAUCAUACUGUCAAAACAAAUAAUAAAAGUAUUCAUUAUGUUGCCAAGGGUAACCCAGAUGAUCCGAUAAUCGUUUUCCUCCAUGGAUUUCCUGAUUUCUGGUUUACCUGGAGGGAUCAAUUGGUUGAGUUUAGUUCCAAAGGCUAUUAUGCAGUUGCAAUUGAUAUACCAGGCUAUGGUGAAUCAAGUAAGAUCUUGGAGCCUGGACAAAGGAGAAUAGACAUUCUAGUGGAAGAUCUGGUCAAGGUGAUCCAAACUAUAACUAAAUCACCAGAGAAAAAGAUAACUUUGGUUGGUCAUGAUUGGGGUGCAGCUUUAUCCUUCUACUUGGCACACGAUCACCCGAAUCUGGUUGAAAAAUUAGUGAUCAUUAAUGGACCUCAUCCAGUACUUUUUAAAAAAAUGCUCAAAUCCAGUCUGAAACAAUUUCUGUGUUCUUGGUACAUGAUGUUCUUUGGAUUACCCUACCUACCUGAAUUUGCUUUCCAAACAUAUGAUUUGUAUGGCUUGAAGAAGUGUUUUGUAAAAGCCGAUAGGUCACAGAUUAUGAGCGAAAGUGAAAUGGAACCGUGGAAGUACAUUUACAGUCAACCAGGAGCACUUACCUCGACAAUAGGCAUUUAUCGUGAUAAUAUCGGAAAAGAUGACUCUAGGUAUCGUGGUGAUUUAAGGAUAAGACAGCCUCUUAUGGUUAUUUGGGGCGAUAGCGAUUUCGCCUUAACAACUGAUUUGGCUUCUGGAACUGCUAAAUAUGCCGAUAAUCUACGACUAAGAUUAAUCAAAGGUGCUGGUCACUUUGUGCCUCUUGAAGAGCCUAAAAAAGUCAAUUCUUGUAUUACCGAGUUUCUCAAUGAGUUUAAAUGAUUCUAAAUUAAUUACUAACCAUGGUAUGAUUUCAUUAUAAUUAAUAAGACAAGCAAUUGUUUUUAAAUUCUGGUUUCUGUUCAAAGGUAUUAUACAAUUUAACAACUUUCAAUUUUAUGUUUCCACUUCAUAAGAAGCUAAAGGCUUGGCAUGAAAACAAGUGUUAUCGCCAUCAAAUUUUGCUAUUCCAUCAUCUAUGUGAUUAAUAAAGUUAAUUUACCAGAAUCCAAAUAA